UUUAAAGAGAGGAGUAGGAGAGGCUGUUUAGCACAGCCGCCGUCCUGUCUGCCUCUGCCCCCAGCCCGCCCCACCGAGAGAGACACGCAAGCGGAUGCUCGGGGCGCCGCGCGCUCCCCUUUGUCUCCAGCGAGCAUCAUGCUGGCUUCCAGCGGCCCCAGCACCGGCCAGACCUGCGGCCUGGUGCUCAUCUUCUCGCUGCUCCUGCAGUCCAUAUGCGUGGCUGUUACCUUCCUUUAUUUCUCCAACGAGCUGCAACAGAUGGUGGCCACCAAAUGAAAGACGCAACGGCAGGUGGAAUGAAGAGCGAGCUGCCUCCAGGAAGACCUCAACUUUCUUCCAACGCUGGAUAAGCCCUCCAUCAUCCAGUCUCCCAAAGCUUCGAGAUACUUACUCGAAGAACGGCUAUGCUUGCCUUACCAGAGAAAACUUUUCCCUGGAAGACUUGGACGAUUCUGGUUACAGUGAAGAGGGCGACCCCUGCUGGCAAGUCAAGUUGCAGCUCUUACGGUUAAUAAAGAAGAUGAUAGCCAGGAACCAAGCAGAAGUGGCAGCCUCCUCGGUCCAAGGCGAUGCUUCUACUGUAGAUUCUACUGUGAGUCAGAGUGUUGUCCCCAGAACAGCAGCUCACUUGACUGCAAGCAGAAUUGGGAAAAGUGUUUGGGCCACACAGAAUUCCUCGAGCAGAAGUCGUUUUGGAGUCAAAAUUGGCACGUGGCAGACAGCCAGCUGGCCUCAUUCUUUCCUCCACAACGUAGGCUUGUUGGACGGGGAGCUGAUAAUACUACAAGCGGGCUACUACUACAUUUACUCCCAAACGUAUUUCCGGUUCCGUGAAGAGGAGGGUGUCGAGCGCCGUUCCGACCCGGACUCAGACAGCGUCAGGAAUCCCAGGCAGAUGGUUCAGUACAUUUCCAAGCGCGUUGAUACUUACCCAGACCCGAUUCUGCUGAUGAAAAGCGCAAGAACUAGCUGCUGGGCGAAAAGGGCAGAAUAUGGACUUUACUCUAUCUACCAAGGGGGAGUGUUCCAGCUAAAGAGGAACGAUCGGAUUUUUGUCUCUAUCAGUGAUAUGACGCUCGUGGACAUGGAUAAAGAAGCAAGUUUCUUUGGAGCCUUCCUGGUCUCUUAAAAAAAGAAGGGGAGACAGACUGAAUCAGAAACGCCUUAAAAGAAAAAGACCAGGCUUUGAACUGCACAAAGACAACACUGACUCUCCAAUUUUCUGCAUGCAGAAAUGGAGCCCAUGUGCAAUCCUAUUGACAGAUGAACUGCCAGCGAGAGCCUGAAGUUGCCAAGAAACAAAACAAACAACAUCUGUCAAUGUCUGUAAAGAAAGACCGGGUGCUAAUGGCUGCCGUGCCAUGCAUAUGGAACUUGUAAGAAACUGUGUCCAAUUUCACUUUGGAAGAGGAUAGGGCUGUACUAGUCCUGUCCCCUGAGAACAAUAUAGCCUGCAGAAGCACUACAUACAGUUAAUUGCGCCUGCGUGCUGGGAAACCACAUGGAGCAAGGCGUGAGGUUCUUCCUGCAUGGUUGUCUCUCUUGUGUAGCAGAUUGCGUUUGGUGGAGUGAGGAGGUGGUCUUUGGCAAUGGGAACGUUCAGGAGCUGGGUAAACGGUUGGUUGCCUCUGGCCAGGUUAUUUCCACUGCAAACCUUUCACAAGCAGGAGGAGCAGAGAUUGAGAACUGUCACAUGGAAGAGCCCUCCCAGGACUGGACCACUUCAUACUGGAGGGGGGGGAGAGAUAACGCUGGGAGGCUAAACUACUUGACAUGUGAACAUUGCACAUGAAUGUUUGGGAGGUGAGGCAUUAAAAUAUGGGGUCUGCUUUACGCUGUCUGAAGAGGAACAGUCCCAGAAGGGCUACACCAUGUGACAUAUUCCAUAUUUGCUGUUCACCUCUUACCAAUCAUCUUAUUGGUAAAGUCUACAAGAGAGCAGAAUUUAUGCAUGGCGUGCAAUCAUUAUCUGAUUAUACACAAUAUUGGGAAAAUGACCCACAUCGCAGGCUGCAAACUGUUGCCCACUCGUUGAAUAUUUCUCUUUAAAACCAGGCUACUCUGCCUUGAUACCCUGGUUAUUUUUUUUGUUUUUAAACCUUAAGCCCACCUUAAUAUUUUUUUUAAAAGUAAUUACGUGAAUAAAUAACAUACUUACAAAAACAACAUAGAAGUGUUCACAGACCUUCUCAACCCAGUCAAGCCUGAACACUGGAGAUAAGGUUGCCUUUAACAGCAUUUGAGCUGUGCAGAAAUCAGUUCUGAUGUGGAUGAGCAUUAUGACUGAUGGGGUUGAUGCUAAUUGCACAAAAACAGGGCCUAGUAAAAAAAAAGAAAAGUUGGUAACUCUUAACUGGAAGGUGUAUCCAGUAUGUGAUGCUGCUCCACAGAAGUGAGUAAUCUUGUGUUUUUUCGCAGUGGUGGUGGGGGGGACAGUGACAUUUUUAAAGACUUGUGGCUUGGCUUGCAUAUGAACCAGGGAUCCACGUUUAAACAAUUGGAGCAGUUUCAUAGUAAGUCAACUUCAAACCAUGGCUUAUGAAGCCUGCUCAUUGGGACUAGCCAGAGUUUGAUUUGAACCACGGUUUCCUGGUUUUCACAUAGCGAUAUGCCAGGAAAUAGGGAACAGCACAUAGCCUUCUUUGUGUUGUUGCACUCCAAUAUGGGAGUUGGACUCGCAACAACACAUUUUGGACUGCGCAUUCUCUGUUCCUGCAUUAAGCCAAAAUUCUUUUAA